AUGGCUUCCGUCGAAGAAAGCGAAAGGACACUGUCGCAGACGGACACACUCAACCAAGAACUAUACCGAGAAUCAGUGUCUGGUCACUUGAAAGAGGUAGAGCGGCUAUUGGACAACGGGGCGGACGUCAACGCUUAUGGUGGACAACGUGGCAAUGCACUUUACGCGGCAGCAAGUGAAGGCCUCGAGGAAGUGGGGGAAGUUAUGGUAAUGCACUCCAGGCGGCAUCAUGUUCAUAAUGUGGAAGUGGUAAAGCUGCUACUAGAGAGAGGGGCGGACGUCAACGCUCAGGGUGGAUUAUAUGGCAGUGCACUGCAGGCGGCAGUAACUAAAGACCACGAGGAAGUGAUAAGGCUGCUACUAGAGAGAGGGACGGACGUCAACGCUCAGGGUGGAUUAUAUGGCAAUGCACUGCGGGCGGCAUCAUCUAGAGGCCACGAGGAAGUGGUGAAGCUGCUACUAGAGAGAGGGGCGGACGUUAACAAUCAGGGUAGAUUAUAUGGCAAUGCACUGCAGGCGGCAGCAGCUAAAGGCCACGAGGAAGUGGUGAAGCUGCUACUAGAGAGAGGGGCGGACGUCAACGCUCAGGGUGGAUUAUAUGGCAGUGCACUGCAGGCGGCAGCAGCUAAAGGCCACGAGGAAGUGGUGAGGCUGCUACUAGAGAGAGGGGCGGACGUCAACGCUCAGAGUGGAUCAUAUAGCAGUGCACUGCGGGUGGCAGCAGCUAAAGGCCAUGAGGAAGUGGUGAAGCUGCUACUAGAGAGAGGGGCGGACGUCAACGCUCAGGGUGGAUUGUAUGGUAGUGCACUGCGGGUGGCAGCAGCUAAAGGCCACGAGGAAGUGGUGAAGCUGCUAGAGCGAGGGGCGGACGUUAACGCCCAACGGCUGCAGGUGGCAUCAUCUGCUGAAAGUCACGGGAAGUAUAGGUGGGUACUGCCAGACAAAGAGGGGGACGUCAACGCUCAAAGUGAACAAUACGAUAAUGCACUGCAGACGGCAUCAUACAAAGGCCACAAAAGAGGCGCCUUUCAAGUAGCAGCUGAAAGUAAUUUGGGGUUGGGCGAAACCACGCAAGUGCCCUUACCCGAAGAGACGCGGGACGAUAGCUCUGAUUCUGGAUCCGAGAUCAUGGGUGAUCACGAUGAAGACUCCGGAAUGGGCGACUCAACAGCGACGGGGGACGACAGCUCUGGAUCUGGAUGCGAAAUCAUGAGCGAUGGAGAUGAAGACCUCGAAUGUAGCGGUCCAACACCACCACAAUAUGAUUCGCCGUUAGCGAGCCUCAGGGAUCGUAUCUCCAAACCGGUGGAAUACUUUGACGGACUCAGAGCUCUUGCACAUCUCGUGUAUCAGAAUUCUACGCUGCAAACAUAUAGCAAGAGCUACUCGCCACGGACGGUAGUCGAACAGGACAAAUAUUCCGAGCCCUGUCCUAGGUAUCUUGGGUCUCUGGAACUACUUGCGCCGGGCGUUUUUGACCCUAUAUCUGAUUCCGAUGUUGUGCGAAUUUGUCAAGACGCAGCUGUCACUCACAACGCCUUCGCACGUGACCUGCUUGAGAUAUUGGAAUGCCGGAACGUCAAUGCGCAGACCUACUCGAACCUGAGGAGGCUGCAACUUCAUGGCUUCUGCUUGCAGAAACUCAGCAUACUGACGAUUGAUCCCCAUCGCCACAAUGUAGCCAGACUACUGCCCAUCGAUAUUCAGCAUAUAUUACAAUUACUGAAGGAGAUCGAAUCGGUUUUGAGAAAGACUGCAGAAUUUGCCCGGCAUGCCCCACCUUCCGUGGCAUCGGCUAAGGUGCUUUUUGAACAGGCCUUGGGAGAGCAAGAUGAUUUACUCUCAUCUGUCCCUUGCUGCACGAAUUUUCUGACUACUCUUGGGCUGGACCUAGCUACUCCUUCCGUCACCAGAAUUAAUCUCUCGAUCCCAGCAGUUCUGAGACUUGUGGCUAACACUGUUGAUCUUGCAGUGGCAAGUUACGCUGGAGCUCAUCUAAGUCGAUUUGAUGAAGAGUAUCUAGGAGAAGACAUUGCUGUAAUAGACGUUCUAGGCCCAUUCGCGUCACUACACAAAUCGCAAAUCCCUUCGAUUAAGCUGAGCCGCUGUCAGUUGCAGUGCCUCGAUGCGUUCCAUAAUUCCCAACCUGUGUGGGUCUUUUCAUGGAGUGACUGGGAGCCCCGCGGCCAUCUCUUCUUAUCUACCAAGGUUGAGGAUUUCGCAGACAUAUGGGGUCCGCUAUGGAAAGUAGUUGACCCUAAGGUGCAUAGUUCAUGCACUCGAUAUGUUGUGGGUAAUGGAUGUAUAUACAAAUGGAAAUCUCAGAAAGCCAGUCCUCGCCUUCUGGAAAACGAGAUAUUAUCUCACUGGAUUUCGAAUACCACAAUCGAACGCUGUUCGGAGAAUUCUUCGAACAAGGAAGAGCUUGUCUUUCCCGAUAGCAUAGAUGAGGGUUUCGAUGGCAACGAAACUUUGCUCAUAGGAGCGGUGGCAGCUGGCUGUGAAAGACUGGCUUUGAAGAGGAAUUGCGACUUCGAUCUUGACAGAACAAGAGCAGCGCUGGAUUAUGAUGGUAGAGUACAAAUGCUUGGGACUGUGAAGGAACACACUUACAAAGACUCGGAGACAUAUCAGCUCCAGGUCGGUCACAAUGGCGUCAAUGCCAGUGCAUCGAAACAGUACAAACGGCGUGGCCAGUCUUUGAAACAAGCAUUUGUAGAAGCUUGGACAACCACUCCAGAGCUUCGUGAUCCGCGACUCUUGCAAGACUUUUAUGGCGUCGAGGUCUCCUUGUGCACGCAAAAUGCUCAGAGAAUACAGCUAGGGCGGAUUCUUGGCCUCGGCUCCAUGUGUCAAUACCUCAGAUCCUUCAGAUGGAAAACGGACUCUGCCAAGCAAGCAUACUUCGAUGCUUUGGAAGGCUUUCGAGAGGAUAGUGACGCCUUACAGCGUACAUGGGAAAGGCACGAUCAAUACCAGGAUGAUUUUGGCCGGGCAGUACUAGUUUGCCUGAAAGCUCUUGAGAAGACUGGUAUCAAUCACCAAGGACAAAUGACUGCAUUUUUAUCUUCUCAAGUCACAGCGAGGCCAGAACUGAUUGCUAUGGAACCCAGAGAGCAUAGCUGGAUCGGAAUACUGAAAGACAGCGAGAGUAGUUGCUGCAUGGCUGUCAUUGGAGAUGACUGUCUUGAAUUCAAGCACGAGCUUGGUUCUACUUGUGGCCAAUCAGGUCGCUCUGUCCUCCGAACGGCUCUGGUGAUCAACUGCCGGAAUAAACCACGUGGACUCUGCAAAAAAUAUGCUUACAGCCACGAGGCCGCAGAUGGGUGGAGUUCACGAUGGAGUGUAAGAACUAUGGCCAUCAAAUCGGACGUAUGGCUCGGCAAACAUGGCACUCUGCGCCUACUGUCCCAUCUUCCUGAAGGCACGCUCUUGAUGGAUUGGAGAGCAUCUCCCAUCACCACAGCGGUGAAGAACCUCAUCGACAAAGAGAGACCCCAUCGCGAGUAUUCCGAGAAUGUCCGAAAAGAAGCGCGUCAUACAAGACCAGUCCCUCUUUUUGUGAUGUCGAAUGCAGAGAAUACUGUCUAA